AUGGCCUCGACAAACGCAAAGCCCGCCGUCACGGACAAGGCCGAGAGCCAGGAGCAGCAACCAGCAGCGGAGCAGAAGCCCACGAGCUCCGCGCUCGGUGAGGAUGACGAAUUCGAAGACUUCCCCGUCGAUGACUGGCCUGAUGAGCAGACCGAAGGCGCCCAGCAUGGUGGCGACGAUGCCAAGCACCUAUGGGAGGAGAGCUGGGAUGACGACGACACGAACGACGACUUUUCCGCGCAGCUCAAGGAGGAGCUCAAAAAGGUGGAUGCGGCCAAGCGGAGAUGA